UCGGAAUCGUCCAACAAUAUCGCCAUUGUAGCCGCAGUGGCUGCCACAGCACCAGUGGCAGUGGCAGUGGCAGCCGCAUGCGACCAGUUGAAUUGAGUUGCGGUCGAGUUCGACGACGCCGUGUUAUAUUCAAUUCAAUUAAGUUCAAUUCUGUUCAGUUCUGUUCAGUUCAGUUUAGUUCAGUUCGCUUAUGGUGCGCUCAUAAAACGCCGGUUGGCCGUGUUGGCCGCGCCAGAAUCGUGUGGCGCCCCAAAUCCCCAUCCCAACCCAACCCAUCCCACCUCCGCUUCACCUCCCUACAAAAAAAAAAAAUGAAACGUGUCCGGGAUUUAAGUUUUUUGUGCCACUUGCUGCGUCGUGUUCAUAUUUGCAAUUGAAAUGCAAUUGCGAAUCGCGAGCCAAAAUUGCAGAGGCGCCAGCAAUGUAAAAGGCGAAAAGGCAAACCAGGCGCAAGGACACCAGGCGAACUUCUUCUUCUUCUCCGUCCACUCUUUUUUGUUGUGCGCAUUAUUAUUGGAUUAAGCGGAGCGCAAUUGGAAAAGACGAACGAACAACGAACUACGAUUAACGAUUUAAAUUAAGCAGAAGCUGGGGAAAUACUUUAGAAGUAGAAGUCGAAGUAGAACAGCAACAACAAAUUGAAAGUCAAUUGUUAAGUAGUCGAUAAGUGGUCUAGUCUCUGUUUUAGUAACUUGCACGCGCCAAAGUUGAAAUCUUAAAAUAUUUUUAUCAACAAUAAUUUAAAAGUUUUUCGAACACAAGCCGGACAACAAACAGCAAAAGCUAAAAGGGAAUAAACAGCUGAACAGAAAAGCAGCAGAGACUCAACUGAAGAAAAGCCAAACAACAACAACAACUGAAACAACAACUUAAACAACAACAACAACAACAACAGCAACAACAACAAAAAAUGGCUGCCGUACAACGCAAACUUGUGCACAAGCAAUUCAACUCACCCAUGGGCCUGUACUCCCAGGAGAACGUGAAGGCAACGUUGAAUCGCGAACUGAAGGCCUUCGGGGCCGACGGGAUUGAAAUCGACGAUCAGAUCACAAAACCAUUGAAUCUGGCCAACUCGGCUGUUCUGCGUGCCGUCGAGGAGGAGGAGCAGCAAGUCAAAUGUGCACAUGAGUUUUUCGCUAAUGUGCGUCAGAGUCGCUCGCGUCAGCGGCACACGGAUUGUGGCAAUCAGUUGGAGGCGCCACAUCCUGCGCUGCAUCAGCAGCUGCUGGACCAGAUCAAGACACAGUAUCUGAGUCAUCAGCAUGAUAUUGUCAUAGAUCGGGACACCGUGUUGCGCAUCAAUCGCUUGUCAACGUCACGACGUCAUCUGCUCAGGCGGGAUCACAGCUGGCCACCAGUGGAACAGCUGGCAGUAGCAGCUGGAGCAGGAGCAGGUGUCAUUGCAUCACCCUCGCACAGCAUCGAUGUGCUGCGCGAGAAAUUCAAUAGUCCCACACGCAUUGUGGAGCUCUCCCCGCGAGAGCAGCGCCAGCAGCGACCCAGAACACCCAAAAUGGAGGAACAGCUGCAGCUGCAGGAGGAGCAGGCCAAUCCCACACCACAAGCGAAAGGUUUCUCUGCACCUGAGACGAAAGCAGCUGAUGCUGAUCUAGGUUUGGUGGCGCCCAAAUGCGAGUACUACGAACAGUUGAUGCAACAGCGCCCAAAAACAGCCACGCCCACACGCCCACGACUCAAACGGCAAUCGUAUUCACUGGAGCGUGGACGGGCACGCAAACGUGGCAUGAUCUUGAGUGGUGCCACAGAGCUGCCACCGCCCAAACCACGAAAUGGAAGUGCUACUGGCAAAGGCAGUGCGAAUGGAGGGGAAAAUGGAAGGCAAAAUCGAAGUGCAAAUGGAAGUGGAAGUGGAAGUGGAAGUGGUACACCCAAAGUGCAACGACGCAGCAUUAAAUUGGCCACCGAGCUGAAAAUCUGUUAUGACGGCGACAGCGAGGAGGAGCCCAAGGUCAGCGAGAGUACCAAAUGCACAGAUGACAUCGAUUUGGAAGCGUUGCCGCUGCCCGAGACACCUAAAGCAAAGAAGACAGUUGCCACAGUUGCCGCAUUUGGCACAGCUGCCACCAAGUCGAUGAGCUUGCCAAGAAAGCCAGCAACGGUAAUUGACAGCAGCCUGGCACUUAAACAGCAGCAGCAGAUGGCUCUAGCGCUGGCCACAAUUGGUAAUGCAACGUUGCAACAGCAAGCUGCAAGCUGUGAGCACAUUAUACCCAUAACAGUUCAUGUUGAAACUGCUCGGCAGAUGUACAACGACGCCUGCAGUUAUCUGCAACAGGAUCAGCAGCAGAGCAAGAUGCCGCCACCCAUCACGACGACAACUAGCAACACCAGCUCAGAUGAGGGCAAUCAGCCUGCCACAUAUGUGAGUGCCACCAGUGGCAUCAAGCUGCAGCGGCAGGAGAGUGCACCCCAAGCACCCAAACCAACCAGUAAUACUCCAAGCAUACCCACACCUCCACCCCUGCCACCUCCAUCUCUACUACUGCGCGCCAAGUCACGCGAGGAUGCGAAGGAGGCGAGGGCUGCACAGGAUAAGCGACGCCAGGGCGGCAUCUUUGGUCAGGAUCUGCAGCAUGAGGCGCAUGUGGAGAUAGCUCAACUGGAGGCGAAAUAUGUGCACAUCCAGCAAUCGAUAACGGAGCAUCUGCGUCAGAUUGAUGAGUACAUGGAGAAUGCAAAGACGGCGCUGCAGCGGACAGUGCAGGCCACACCAAUAGAAACGGCGCCGGCAAAGCCAAUCAAAGCACCACUCAGCACUAACAGCAACAAUGAGUCCUGGGAUAUGUUUGCCUCGCGCCAAUCUCCAAUCCUGGCCGUGGAGAGUCCCUUGCAGGCUAUACUACGGCAGAUUUAUUGCCGCGCCGCUGGCAUACAAGUGUCGACCAAGGAUCAGGAGGAGGCGAAAACGCCACUCGAAGCGGUUGAAGUGCCCGCCGAGAACGUGCCGAUUGUAGAGCGUGCUUUGGAGGACCUGCACAAGAUUGCCGUGGCUUUGGAUGGCGAUGAACACGCGCUGCUCCAUGUCGAGCAUCAGACAACGCCAAUUGCAGCACGGGCACAGCACGUACUCAUCGAUGAGGAGGAGCACGAGGGGGAGGAUGGUGAGCAAGCCUCGCACGUGAGUGUCAAAGAGGAGAACGAGAAGGAGGCGGAGAAAGAGGCGGAGCAGGCAGUCGAGGAUUUCAGUUUGGACUACAGACAUGUGUCGGAUGUAAUUGCCAACUAUGAACAGCUGUCCACGCUAGGCAAGACAAGUGCACCAAAUCGCCAGGACCUGAUGCUGCUGACUGCAGACAAAAUGAAAGCCACAAAUCAGCAAAAUCUGCAGCAAAAUAGCCACGAGGAAUUAUCGCUGUUUAAAGACAGGGAAAGCGAGCAACGGUUGGUCAUAAAUGCAACUGAAAUUGGCGUCGAAUGUGAACAGAAGGAGGAACAGUUAGGACACGAGCAGGAGCGAAAAGAGGAACAGGAGCGAAAAGAGGAACAGGAGCGAAAAGAGGAACAGAAGCGAAAGGAGGAACAGGAGAGGAAAGAGGAGUUAGAGCGGAGGCAGGAACAGAGGCGCAAAUUCAAGCAGUAUCUGGAGCAGGCACAAUUGCUGGUGAGGAAGCAGGAGCAGGAGCGAAUCGAGGAGCAAAAGUCAAACGAGAAAAAUGAGGAGAAUGAUAAAAGGAAGCGAGAGUUGGAAGAGCAGCAAAAGGAAGAGCAGGAGCAGGCCAGAGAGAAGCAGUCGGAGGAGCAGCAAAGAAAGGAGCAAAAGGGUAAGAAAGAAGAGCAAGAAAAGGCAGCCAAGGAGCAGCUGGAGGAGCAGGAAAGGGAGCAGCUCAAGCAACAACUGGAAAUUGAGAGAAAUCUGGAAAAGGAACCGGAGCAAGUAAGAGCAACACAAGCUACCCAGACGGGCAGUCCUGGCUGUGCACACGAGACAGUUGCCGGUGCGGAUUUUAGUCGGAGCAGUCACUGCUCGAUUUGUGGCGAGUGUCGCGAUUCGCCGCACGGCUGGGGCAAGCUGACCAAGGCAGAUCAGUGGCGCUUCGAUAAUCUACAAAAUGAGCCGUUGGCCAAUUACAAAUCGACGUAUGAGAUACGGAGUCCUUACAUCUCUCGCCAGAUAUUCUGGGAGGAUGCACAGCAGCAGCAGCAGCAGCCGGAGCAGGAGCAGGAGCUGCAGUCAAAGGAUUCAAAGAAGACGUUGCAACGUCAGCGCAGCGAAAUUGAGAUUGUGACCACACCGGCAGCAGCUGUCACAGUUGCUGCACUUGCUCCACCAGAUGCCAAAGAUUGGCAACUGAGUCGCUCGCCGAGUCCUUGUCCGUUGCGCAAAUAUCCUGCACCGCUGAUUGACACUGCGCAACGUUGCAGUUCUCCUUUUGGACUGAAUGCCGUGCAGCUGAGAUCCUCUCCAACUCCAACUCCAGCUCCAGUGGAGGCCAAGUAUAGUCAUGUGCCACAGCUGGAGGGGCAUAAUAUUGGUUUACUCGUGCGCACCGCCACCGAACCGUUGCAGCUGUGCAUGUCCAAUUCAUCGUCCUUGCUGGCUGCCACCCCGCCUGCCACGCCACGCUGCAACUCACAGCCGCCACCCUUUGAGUUCCUCAUGCAACAUGGUCUCGGAAUGCAACCCGAAGCACCCAGUUACAGCAGCUCCCACGUGGAUCUGAGCGGUUUCAAACCGCUCGCAGGUGCCGAAGAUUUGCCGCAAUCCACUCGCGAUUUCAGCGUUAAUCGUUGCUUUGAUAAUGCUUCGCCACGCCCCUAUUUGGGCAUCGAAGGGUACAAGCGUGUCGCCUGGCCGCCAGCAUCGGAGGAGCGAAUCGUGCGUGAAUUUACGCCACAGCCGCAAAUGCAGAGUCCGGCUCCAGGCACCGGUGGCUACUAUCCACAGUCAGCUGCAACUGCCCCCACAGCCCCCGUUCCCUCGCAUCAGCCAUCGAAUGCUGCUGCACCACAGGGUCCCAUUUAUAACAACGUUCAGCCUCGCAACCAACAACAACCAAUACAACAACAGCAACAACACCAGCAACAACCCACUCAGAAUGUAUAUGGCCAAGAGACUACUAACUAUGCGACAAAUGGUUACGCACCAGCAACAGUUGCACCCACCCAAAAUACCUACCCAUCUAAUAACUAUAACUAUCCCCAACAACAACAACAACAACAACCCAUCCAAUAUACACAGGCUCAGUUCAAUAGACAGCCCUCGAGGGAGCCUGCACCUGCAACUGCAACUGCUGAUAACCAACAAUACGCCCACUACCCACAGCAGCAGCAGCAGCAGCAACAGCAACAACCACACCAGCAGCAAUAUCAACCAUCUUAUCAACAGCAGCAACAUCAACCCACUCAUCCCCCCCAUAAUGUGGGUGGUGGCUGGAAGCAUAUAGGCGCACCGGCGCCGAAGGCUCACAAUGAUUUCACUGCUGGCGGCGUUGCACCCGCAACCAAUGCAUAUCCGAACUAUCAGCAACAGCAACAACCGCAACAACAAUAUCCACAACAGCAACAACAACAUCAGCAACAUCAACAAUAUCAACAGCAGCCGCAGCAGCAGCAAUAUCGUGCACCAUCCAACGAUAGCCAUCAACAGCAGCAACAGCAAUGGCAACAGCAACAACAGCAACAGCAACCACAACAACAGUUGCCACCACAGAUGCAACAAUAUCAGGCUCCCUAUCAGACGUCGCCAUAUCAGCCACAACAACAGCAACAACAACCAUCCUAUCCACAGCAAAAUGGUGGCGCUAACUAUGCUCAACCGCAAUACAAUUCUUAUUCGCAGCCACAACAACAACCACAACAACAACAACAGCUGCACCAGCAGCAGCAGCAACAGUUGCCCUACUCGCAGGAUCAGACAGAUCAGCAGCAAGGCUAUCGUGGCGCCAGUCCUGGCAUCAUCACGCUGCGCAAGGAGGCACCCGUCUCACAGACACCCCAGCCUGUCUACACUUCGCAGCCAGCCGCCGUCAGCUAUCAGGGAGGCAGCAAAUUGCGCGGAGAUUUGAAAUGGCCACCGCCGGAGUACAAGGAGGCUGCUGUUAAGGAAAACGAGGAGCGUCGCUUGUUGGCUUUGGGCCCCGUCUGCCGUCCCCGAAGGGUCAAUCGUGACUACACUACCUUCUUUGCCAGGCACCAACUGAAUAACGGUUAUCCCAGCUACAAGGUGCCACCAGGCACUCAACAUAUGUUCGGUUAAGUUGGCGUCUGAAUGGAAUUGCAGCUAUAACCCAAUAUAUAGCUGCGCAAAGAAGGAGAAUCAGAAACAAAAAAAAUUGAAGAAGAAAGAAAGAAAAUUUAUAUCAAUGGAACCCACUUCAUAUAAUACUAAAAAAGAAACGAUCAUGUAUAUGUUACUAAAACGAAAACUAACGAAAUGAAACUUUAUACUAUACAAAACUAAAUAUGUAUAUUGUUAUACUAAUUUUAAAACGCAACUAACAAAGCAACUUUAUAUACGUAUCUAUCUAUCUAUCUAUUUAUCUAUCACUCUGUCAAUCAAUCUAUCUAUCUCUUAUUAUUUAUAUAAUUAUGCCAAACGAAACGAUUAUCAGGGUACGAAGUACACCCAGUACUUCUACAAGCACUUUAGAGCUCAUAUAUCACAGAUUAGACAAAUGAAAUCGGUUUUAUAUGAGCGCUAUAUGUGUGUGAAAUAUAAUAUAAAGAUAUUAUUUUGUAUGCUGCAUAGAUAUUGGAGCAUAUGCAUAACAUAAAUACACAAAUACUUGAAAAGUAUGCCUUUAUGUUUUUGCCAAAUUUAUAAAUAAAUAAAUGUAUUUUUAAGUUGAAAAUUGUACUAGAAUGAUACUAGCAAGAAACGAGACCUAGCAAAUGAAAAACGGAUAUGAUAUGGAAAAUGAAACUUUGUUAUAAUUAUAUUAUUCGUAAAAACCAAAAAACAAAAAAAAAAAAAACGAACUAACAUAUCUAUCAAAACUAUUAUUAUAUAUUUAUUCGCAAUGUUUUGCUAUAUAGACCGAUCGGGCAUUCACGCCUAGAAUCACGCCCCAUAGGCCUCGAUUUAGUAUGGUAUGCUGUGGUUUAAUUAACUGUAAAUUGAAUCGAUAAAAGUAAAUUAAAAAUGCCCUCAUAUCAUAUUAACUCUCGACCUCUGGUUAGAUUUCUAGGCGCUGCCUUUGAAUCGUGUCUCAUUUGUUAAACUAGUUUGAGUUUGCUUGAUUUUUUGUCUAUAUAUAUUUACGAUUAUUUUUAUUGUUAACGAGCAUAUGAAAAAAAAAUGUCAAUGAACCGUUAAGUAAGCUAUAUCAAUAUGCAAACACAGAAUCACGGCAGAUACUAUCGUGAGUUUAUCGUACAUACUACAAGCAUAGAUACACGCAUACAGACAUGUCCCAACAUGUUCCUAUCUCUGGGGGAUAUCCUUAGGAUCGCAUAUCAACCAGUUUCUCGCCGGCAGGCAAUAUAAAGUAUGAGGAUGCCUUUGCCUGUUGGUUCUAGCGGGGACUUGAGUUUUGUGCGGUUUCUAAGGCGUCCACUCAGAUGACUCCCAGACUUACUUAAAACAAAAAAACAAAACAAAAUAACACUGACUAUACAAUGAAAUGGAUUUACGUUAUGUAUACACAAUCGUGCGACAAUAACAAAUGAAAACUAUGAACACUGAUAAAUCAAAAUAAAUGGCAAGUUUCUGAAUACUCACGACGAGAGAA